AUGCCAUUUGUUGAUAAUCCAUGGCCGAACGUGCUCGUGGACGCGGUCGUGGAGAGGAACCCCCCUGAUGACGGGAACCGACAACAAGAUCUGCGUGACGUCGAGAAUGACGAUCUGCGACGACAAGUGCGAGCUCUCCAAGAGCGCUUGGAUAGAUUGGAGACCUCGACAGACGUAAAUUCAGAUACAGAUGUGUCCCUCAUUAACGAAGAAGGAGAUGAGAAUCCAUUCGCUCACCUGAACGGUACCCGAAGUGGCGAAUACGGACGUGAUCCGGCAUGGGAUAUCGGCAUGGGGGUUGAGAUUCCGGAAUUUGAAGGUCGAGCCCAGCUUGACGAAUUCAUCGAUUGGCUUAAUACGGUUGAGCGGGUAUUUGAUAUUAAAUACAUCAGUGAUAGCGAUAAGGUGAAAUUGGUUGCAAUUAAGUUGAAGAAACAUGCUUCAAUAUGGUGGGAACACACGAAAAAACAACGAUCAAGGGAGGGCAAAAAGAAAAUUCUAUCAUGGGAAAAGAUGAAGAAAUUAUUGCGUCAAAAAUUUCACCCAUCUCACUUUAGGCAGGAGGCUUUUAUUGAAUAUCACGGCUGCAGGCAUGGGGAUCUGUCUGUAGAGGAUUUUACGAAUGAGUUUGAUCGGUUGAAGAUGAGUUGCGAUGUUGACGAGGAGGAUGAGCAAACGAUUGCUCGAUAUUUUGGGGCACUCCGCCCUGAAAUCGCUGAUGUUGUGCAGUUACAACAAUAUUGGACUUAUGAAGACGUGUGCAGGCUAGCUUUGAAUGUGGAGAAACAGUUGACAAGGAAGAAGACAGUUAAUUGCUGGUCAGGGAAAGACGCAGCACCUUUUCGUGGCAGUAGCAGUACCACGGGUCAAACCAAGCCAUCAGCUCCGACAGCAAAACAACCAGCGGCGGUUACACCGAGAGAAACUGGGCACCAGUCAAGAACACCGGUGCGAUGCUUUAAAUGUCAAGGCUUUGGGAAUAUUCAAGCUGAUUGCCCCAACCGACAGAUGGUCACGUUUGUGGGUGACGAUAGUAUUCCUACGUUUGACGAAUCAGAUGACGGUGAUGAACUAUCAGAUGUGAGUACCGAGUUGGUGUAUGCGGAUCAGGGGGCUACUUUGGUGGUUCGGCGUGUGUUGAAUGUAGCAGCUGCAGAGGAAGAGCUAUGGUUGAGGCACAAUAUUUUUCAGACCAAGUGUACUGCAAAAGGAAAGGUAUGCAACGUGAUUAUUGAUGGGGGUAGUUGUGAGAAUGUGGUUUCUUCGAUCAUGGUGGAAAAGUUGGGAUUAAGGACGAUUGCUCAUCCACAACCCUAUAAGCUAUCAUGGUUGAUCAAAGGUAGUGAAUUGAAGAUGUGGUGUGAUGUAAUUCCUAUGGAUGUCUGUCAUAUUUUGCUUGGUCGUCCUUGGCAAUUUGAUCUUAGGGUCAAGCAUGAUGGGUUUAAAAAUACAUACACAUUCAAAAAAGAUGGUGCUACUAUCACCUUGUGGGCUUGUCCGGAUAAGAAGUGUGAUCCCGUUGUUGACAAAAAAGCUAACGAGAAUAGUAACAUGCUGAAACGAUCAGCUUUCGUGGCAGCAACAUCGGAGACGCCAACAUGCUACGUGUUAGUCGUGGUCGAGAGCAACAGCGUGGAGUUGAAGAUCCCCGAGGCAGUGCAGUCACUUUUCAACUUGUAUGAAGAUGUUUUACCAGCAGCGAUUCCGCCGGGUUUGCCUCCAAUGCGAGAUAUACAACAUUGUAUUGAUCUGAUUCCAGGUUCACCCAUUCCUAACAAGGCUGCGUAUCGUUUGCGGCCAAAGGAGCAUGAGGAGUUGCAGAAGCAAGUGUUGGAGUUAUUGGAGAAAGGUAUCAUUCGAGAGAGCAUGAGUUCGUGUGUUGUCCCAGCGUUAAUGGUUCUGAAAGCGGAUGGGUCAAUGAGAAUGUGUAUGGACAGUAGAGCGAUCAACAAGAUCACAAUCAAGUACAGAUUUCCCAUCCCACGAUUUGAUGACUUGUUGGAUCAGCUUCAUGGUUCGCGAGUAUUCUCCAAAAUUGACUUGCGCAGUGGUUACCAUCAGAUUCGCCUAAGACCGGGAGACCAGUGA